AUGCGCGCGGUAAAUUGGCUUUUUAGCGAGCGGGACGUUUUCACGCGCUUCAGCGGUGGCGGGAAACUAGCGCGCGGGGGAAAAGGCGCGCCCUCCGCCGCUCUCUCCAUCUCUCCAUCGCCCUCUGCCGCCAACACGCCACCACCGCGCCACCAUGCCGCCUCGCCGCCGGGGAGCUUCGGCUACCGCGGCGUCCGCGUGCGUCCGUCCGGCACCUACUCCGCCGAGAUUCUGUCGCACGGCGGCAUGCGCCUCCGCCUCGGAACCUUCGACACCGCCCAAGAGGGCGCCCGCGCGUACGACGCUGCGGCGUGGCGCCUCCUGCGGUCCCGUCAGGACAUGAGCUUCGCCGACGUGGCGACGCGGGAGCGGGCACAGGAGUUGGCGCCUUUCCCACGGCUUCUCACCGACGAGGAUCAUCGCAAGCACCAGAGGCGGGAGCGUUGUCUCAGGCUGGCCGAGAUGGACGAGCAAGCCAUGGCGCUGUGGAGCCAUCACUUCCUGGAAGACACCAAUGAGGAACAGUUCUUUGCCCAAAGGAGGGCGAAGAGAAGGGAGGAGCAAGCCGCCUAUUGCUAG